GUUUUAUUUCUGAGGCAAGUAAAGUGUUAGCAUUCAAAUUAUUAAGUGUUAUUUUGGAAACUCUAAUGCAGUUAGUUUAGUUAGUCGCUUCGCAGUGUCGGGUUGGUUUUUAGUCUCAAAAUGAGUACUCACAAACUGCUUUUAAGCUAGAAGAAAAUGCCAGUCGCAGCUUUCGUAAACUUCUGACGUCCCUAAUCAGCGCUUUAAUAUGCUGCGUUUAGCUGUAAUUGAAUUUCUGUUGCGGUUAAUUGAUAUUUUAUAGAAUAAAUGCUAUCUAGCGCUCAACCCUACUUGCUUUCCAACGCUUUCAAUUUAUGAUAAGGCCGCCGAAAACGUUUUCCCCUCGCACAUGCCGACACACACAUGCCCACCUGAUUGACUGCGGCCGAGCGAACGCCAGCGCCACAACAAUUAGUAGACACAUUGCCUAGCUCAUGUAACGUACACCGCAAUUAUUGUCUGGCUGUCUAACGGUACGCCUGUCUAUUUCCAACGCCUGUCAACUGUACGGCACAACUGAUUGCGAGCUGAGUGAAAUAAACCAAAUUGUCUGUCUACACAUAAACACACGUAACUGUCAGUCAGUCGGUGUGUGCACUUCAUGAUUGCAGCAAAGCAAACCAACAACAACCGCAGUGCACAACAACAAGCACAAUUUGCCAUCAAUUACACAUUUGCAAUCGCCUACUUGUUGUCUACGUGCUCCACCGUGUCGCCUUACAUAUGCGCGUGAGCGUAUGUACCGUUGUGUGCGUGUAAAUGUCUAACCCAUCAACAAUGGCUCAGCGAGUGUCAUCGUUAAAACAGUUAGAGUCGCUGUCGCUGUCGCUGUUGCUGCUUUUACUGUGGUUCACCAACAGCUGUUACAAUCGGGCGCAGGCACUUGUGGUAUUACCGGAGAAUGUGGUUGGUGGUGGCGCCGGUAUGCCAGCGAAUGAUAUUGUUGUUGGCGAUGUCGCACUGGUGUUGACGCGCGUUGAAAAUGAUUGCUUUGAGACAUUUUUGCUGGAGAGUCGAAAUGCGAGCAACACCUAUGCGUCGGCAUAUCGUGCAUGCCAAAUGUUGGGCAGUCGGAAGCGUAUGGAAUUUGUGAGCGCGGAAUGGUCAACGCGAGUGGAUGUGACGGAGCAGGUGACCGAGUUGUGCAAGGAUCUUUGUGAUUGUGCACAAAUUGCGGGUGAUAUGGAGUUCUUUCAAUGCAGCGCCCAACAUUCCUUCAGAGGUGUGAACACAAUGCAGCAAGUGUACUUGAAUUCAACCGCCGCCAUUGUGGAAUUGGAACACAAAUAUGAAGAGGCGGAAAAGCAGAUUCUCCUUUGCAUUAUCGCUGCCGAGCAGCAAUAUGUGGAUUCAUCUAGUAAAGCGUUUCUAAAGCUGUCGAAAUGUCUGAAAGCCACCUGAUACAUUUUUUUAAAGAAAAAAGUAAUAAUAAUUUUUAAUAAAAAAGUAAUUAUAAAAUCAUUAUAAGUAGAAAGAUGGGUAAAGUAAAGUAUGCUUUAAUAUUUUACAAUAUAAAUUCUUAGUGAUUUAAGUUUUAUUUAAAUAAGAACAAAUUAAAUUUGCAUCAUUUUUUAUUUUUUCAAUGAAAUUGUAUUGUUGUUUUGAACUUAUAGUUCUGACUUGUAGGCCUGGAAAUUCUCGCUACUCGCGUCGGGCAGAAUUUCUAAACAAAUAAACUAAACAGGAAAGAGCAUGAACUGCUGAUCAUACGCAUAUAUAUAUGUACUAUAUAUACGUGUUUGUUUGAUAAAUAAUAAAAUGUAAUGCAAAUAGAUAACAGCAUCAGAAGAUCUUUGUUAGCGUAUCUUAAUGCUCUUAGUUGGAAUUGUGUUAGAAAAAAAAAAUAGAGGAAAGCAAAAGAUUGAAAUUAAGGGCGAGAAUAAUAAGAAUUAUAUUCCUAUACAAGGUUGCGUAUUUUUUUUAUUAAAAAAAAUGCUAGGAUUAAUGAUUAAAUUUUGAGUUUUCCAUUUUAAAUCUAAAUUAAAUCUAAAAUAAGAAAAAAUAUUUUUUUAUUUAAAAACUUGAGUAAAAUAGAAAAUAUUAUUUUUCAAAUUUAAAGCUGUAACGUGCAUAUUUCGAACCGAAACUUUUUAAUUAAAUGUCAGUAAGGCAAAUGUGCUAAGAAAUGUUGAUAUUUUAUAAAAAAAAAUGUUUUUCAAAGGACAACCAAAAUGAUAAUAGUCGAAAAAGUCUUUUCGUAUUUCUAAUCAACUUCAACUUAUUUUUUUUUUUAUAUUUACACUAAUAAAUAAAUAAACAAAUAUCUACCAUUUUGGUCGAACACUUUUUGCCAUUUUUUUUCAACUUAACUUAGCUUAAGAUCUCACCUUUAUAACACUGUAUGGUAUGACACAAUGUGAUUGAUAGCCCUGGAGAUAUACUACGAAAAGUCUUUUUUGACUACUUGAAUUCUAAAGUUUUCUUUUUAAUUCAAUUUAAAACAAAAUCCAUUGUUUAUAGUACGAGUAUUACAGUCUUUUUCAAGUCGGAAUGUCAGAAUUAAAAAUAUAAUUUUUAAUCCAAUUUUUGGUAAUAAAUUUUUUUUUUAUGAUCCAGAAUUUGGUAUGAAAAAUUUUAAAAUUGUUUUUAACUAAUUUUUGAGAUUGCAAAAAAAUUCAAAUGCUAUUAUUAAAUGUUUUAAUAUAUUGUUUGCCACCCUGCUCUAUCGUAAACUGUAUUUAGGAACGCCACCCUGAAGUAAUGCAAAUAUGGUUCAAUGGUGGGCGACGGUUUCUUAGAAAGGUGGUUUUUAGCGACCUGCAAAUGGCAUACACCCUUACAUAAACAUAUAAAUAAAUUAAAAAACACCGCCUCGCCGGGAAAUAAAACAAAAAAAAAAAACAUAAACGGUACAAUGAACUUUUUCAUCUUGCUAAAUAAUAUAAAUAUCAGGAAGAACUGGAUAAUACCGGCGUAACAACUGGAUGAGUAGAUUUGAAAACUGAUAUGCAGAAUAUAUUUAAAUUUGAGAAGAACCUCUUUUUCAGCCUUCUGAGUGAUAAUCUAUAAGAUAACAGAUAGGUAAUCUAAAAUACAUCU